CAGUGUCCUCACACAUUUCUCCCAUUCAGCCUGUGUGUGUGGAGCUGUUCCUGCACAUGAGGGAGUAGUGUGAUCAUCAUCUUGCCACCCAGCAGAGACCUUUUAAAGCAAAUCUGAUCGGCUGCUACUGACUCUACUACAUCCCAAUACGGGAAGGGAAAUGGAGGACAUAGAUAUGUUUGAAAAAUCCCAGCCUAAGAAAUACUGUAUCAAGGGCACGCACGUGGCCAUCAUUGUAGGAGCGGUAGUAGUAGUGGGAUUAGCUGUAGGUCUUGGGGUCGGUCUAACACGUCCAGGUCCAUGCGAGACUAAUGGAGAUGAAGUCACCAAGCCCCCAGUUACUACCACUACCAGUUCCACCAGUGCCACCACGCAGGAGCCACCGGUGACGGAACCUUGUCCUGCCAAGGAUGACAACAGCGGGGAUUGGAAAGAGUUUAGGCUACCAACCUACAUCAACCCCGAACACUAUAACCUGGAACUCCAGCCUUUCAUGGAGCAAGACACCUACAACGGCACUGUGACCAUCUCCUUUAAAGUAAGUCGGGCGGGGACCAGGCAUGUGUGGCUGCACAUCAGAGAGACCAGGAUAACGGGACAGCCUAAGCUCAGGAGACAAAGCAACAACCAGGAGAUCCUCGUCCACGGGUGCUUUCGCUAUAUGCCCCACGAAUACGUGGUGGUGGAGUCCCACAGCGAUCUGGAAGAGAACGAGACCUACCUUCUGACCUUGGAGUUUGCUGGACUGCUCAAUGGCUCCUUGGUGGGGUUCUACAGAACGACCUACAUUGAGAAUGGAAAAACCAAGAGCAUUGCAGCAACUGACCAUGAACCAACUGAUGCACGGAAAUCAUUCCCAUGUUUUGACGAGCCCAACAAAAAGGCAACUUAUGACAUUACCAUCAUUCAUCCAAGCGAAUAUAAUGCGCUGUCAAACAUGCCAGAGUUGGUAUCGUAUGAUCUAAAAAAUGGUUGGAAAAAGACAGUGUUUCAAAGAUCAGUGCCUAUGAGCACAUACUUGGUGUGCUUUGCUGUCCAUCAAUUCACUUAUGUAGAGAGGGUUUCAAAGAGAAACGUUCCGCUAAGAAUCUACGUGCAGCCUGAGCAGAAUCACACAGCGGUUUAUGCGGCAGAUACUACAAAAACGAUCUUUGACUUCUUUGAAGAUUAUUUCGACAUGAACUAUUCUUUACCAAAGUUAGAUCAAAUAGCAAUCCCAGAUUUUGGCACCGGAGCUAUGGAAAACUGGGGACUGAUUACUUACAGAGAGACCAACCUGCUGUACGAUGAGCAAGAAUCUGCUACUGUCAAUAAGCAGAGAGUUGCAGCUGUUAUAGCACAUGAGCUUGUACACCAGUGGUUUGGAAACAUUGUGACUAUGGACUGGUGGGACGACCUGUGGCUCAAUGAAGGCUUUGCCAGCUUUUUUGAAUAUAUAGGCGUAAAUACUUCUGAACCCACCUGGAACAUGCUUGACCAGAUUCUAAUUGAUGAUCUGUUGCCUGUGAUGAAAGAUGAUGCUUUGCUGUCCUCCCACCCAAUCAUCGUUACUGUUUCAACCCCUGCGGAAAUCACAUCUGUGUUUGAUGCCAUCUCCUACAAUAAGGGUGCAUCUAUUCUGAGAAUGCUUGAAGAUUGGAUUACCCCUGAAAGUUUCAAGAAAGGGUGCCAGGAUUAUCUAAAGAAGUAUGUAUUCAAGAAUGCAAAGACGGAUGACUUCUGGGAUUCUUUGGCAAUGGCAAGUGGUAAACCAGUUAAAGAAGUUAUGGAUACAUGGACUAGACAAAUGGGAUUUCCCGUCCUCAAUGUGGAAUCGGUCAAUGUUGUAAAACAGAGAAGGUUUCUUCUGGACCCAAGUGCAGAUGAACAGCAACCCCCUUCAGAUUACAACUACAUGUGGAAUAUCCCGGUGACAUUCUAUGCAACGUCAAAUAUCAACCAAAAGUAUACCCAAUUUUACAACAUGUCUGUUUCUACAGGAGUUACUCUUGGUCCGUAUAACUCGGCUGUAGAUGGAUUCUUAAAAAUCAACCACAAGCACUAUGGGUUUUUCCGAGUAAACUAUGAAACUCCGGUUUGGAACCAGCUGUCAGCUUUAUUACAAACAAAUCAUGAGAUCUUUUCUGAAGGAGACCGUGCUGGUUUAAUUGAUGAUGGCUUCGCUUUGGCAAGUGCUGAAAAGCUGGACUAUAACAUUACCCUCGACUUAACAAAAUAUCUUGUGAAUGAAAGCAAUUACUUACCAUGGCAAAGAGUGUCCUCGGGUUUAUCCUACCUAAAUGAUAUGCUGGAGGACGACAAUGCCAUCUACCCAAAGUUUCAGGAGUAUUUACGAAGGCAAGUUAAGCCAAUUACAGCUAAGCUUGGAUGGAAUGACGACGGCACGGAUAUAGAUAAGCUCCUCCGAGCUUCUGUCUUGGCACUAGCCUGCAGAAUGGAAGACCCUGAUGCCCUCAGUGAAGCGGCUAAACUGUUCCAGCAAUGGUUGGGUGGAGAGAGCAUCCCUGUGAACCUGAGGCAGUUAGUGUACCGUUACGGGAUAAAGCAUUCUGGAAAUUCAACCUCGUGGGACUACAUGUUUCAGAAAUACCAGCAAACCUCAUUAGCCCAGGAAAAGGAAAAACUUCUUCAGGGAUUGGCUUCUGUGGAUGAUAUUGUACUUUUAGACAGGUUGCUUGGCUAUGUAUACAACACCAGUCUGAUCAAAAGUCAAGAUGCCCUGAAUGUCAUUUAUUACAUAUCUGUAAACAGCAAAAAUGGAAAGCAAAUGGCUUGGGAUUGGGUCAGAAUAAAUUGGGAGUAUUUAGUAAGCAGGUAUACUAUUAAUGACAGAAACCUUGGUCGUAUUGUUACAAGAAUAUCAACAAGAUUUAAUACAAACAUACAGUUGUGGCAGAUGGAGGACUUUUUUGAAAAAUAUCCAAAUGCUGGUGCAGGAGAGACCCCAAGGAAGCAGGCUCUUGAAACAGUGAAAAACAACAUUGCAUGGGUCACAAAUAACAAAAACGGAAUACAAUCAUGGCUGGAAGCAAAUGUCUCUUAAUAACAAUAAGACCAUCGGAAAGCAUGCACAAAAUGAAUUUUGGAAAUGAAGAGGACAUAUUUUUUAUAAUAUGUUCAGAUUUUUAAAAAAAUCAUUGUCCAAUUUGUAAAGAUAUGUAUAUUUUUUGUAGUGGAAAUAUUCUUAGCAAAUCUAAGUUAUGAAUUUAUAUCCAUUUUACCGUAUGUUUAAAAAAAAAACAAAGAUGUCACUGGAUUGUGAAUUUGGAAUUCAUUGAAGAUUGUAGAUUAAACAAAUAUAUUUACGUUUUUGUUCAAGCACAAUAAAAUUUAAUCUUAUUGAAUA